UCGAAAGUUAACAAAUUUUGUGCAAAAGUAGUUAACUUAGAACUUUCGCUUCCUGCGAAAUACGGGUUUGGAUUAUUUUUUAUGUUGCAAUUCUGCAAAUAAAAACGAAGUCAAUCAACUACUGCUGCAUAUUCUUAAUAUUAUUUCACAGCUGUCAGCUGUGCGUGAUUAACUGUGCCUCUGUGGUGUGAAACGCGGGAAGUGGUGAAGUAACGUAAAUAGAAUAAGUGUGUACACAUGAAAAGUUAGUUUGUGUAAUAACACAUAUUAGUACCAGAAAAAUGGGUUUGUUAGACGAUCCAGGCUUCCAAUCUAAAUACCAAAAAUCAAAGCGGCAAGUGAGGCUCUGGGAAAGUGAGUUUGUGAAGAAAAAGGGAUGUAAUCCUACGAAGGCAGACAUCAAAUUAGCGCCAACGCAUGUAAGAGAUGCAUACAAGAUAUAUUACAAACUAAAGACUCUAGCUCUAGAAGAAUCUCUAAGAGAAUCAUUUUCAGAUGAUAUUGAAAACUCAGUGUCGGUGUCAUGUGACAGCAGCUUAGAGACCACGCUGCCUAUAGCGGAGUUUGACCUUCCAAAGUGUUCCGUAAAGUCUGUUGUUUCUGAUGAAAAGCACAAGGUAUUCAGACCUGCUCUUAAGGACAUUCAAAACGAAAAUGAUGAUGCAGAGAAAAAGAAAACUUUGUCAGAGGAGAAAUGUGGUUCAGCCUCUUUCGACACGGGCUUUGUAUGCAAUACUGAGACUGUGUGGGGUGCACAUCUUAAUAAAUCUCAAAAUCAAUCCUUUAAUAUCGGACAGAUAAGUACAAAACCUUCAUUAAAACGUUCCUCUUCAUUUGUACUCUCAGAGAAACUUUUUUCUGGUUCAAAAUUUUCGAAACGCAAUCCUAGAAAAUCGCUCUCACAACGCAAAUCAUUUGCAGCUAGCAAGCUAAAUGACUCAGUAAUGGAGGACCAAGAAAAUAAGGAACCUGUUGUUGUGACUGCAGGGAAUCCAGACACCCCUGUACAUGAAAAUUCAUUGAACACCGACUGUAGGACACCAGCUAUACAAAAUGUUGAAGAAUGCAGGUACAGAAUAGUAACUGGAACCCUUCCAAUUAAUUGCCAAGCCACAAACAUAAUAAACAAAGCUCUCAUGGAAACAGAAAGUAUGAAACCUAUGUUAGUGGCCGAAAGGAAACUUGACAAAGGUUGGGUGGAAAGACAUACUGAUUAUGAUAGUGGUGUGUCAAAUCUCAGCUCCCAAGAUUGUGAGAACUCUUCAUCUUCAGAAGAUACUAGGAUAGUUGGUUUAACAAAUUGUUCUCCACCAGAGUCCCAAGAAAUGUCUAUCAGCAGUUCCAUACAUGCACACAGUCAGGCAUUGUACAGUGAUGAGGACGUUGUCUACAACAGUGAAUCUGAAGAUGAGACGGGGAUCAAGCGCAAAAGGAAGCUAAUUUCCAAGAGAAAAUUUUCAUCUAGCAUUAAAAGGUCAGAUGCUUUUGAUGUGUCCAUUACUGAAUCAAGAGCAGUGAAGAAAAUGAGGCUGGAGAAUGAUUUGAUUUCCAGUUGCAAUUCUGUGGUUAAUCAGAUCAGUGGUUUGGCCUCAUGUGUUACAAAUGCAGAUGAUUCACAAUCCACAGGAACAGAGAUUAAUUUUGGACUACACGAUAGAUGUCAGGAAGGAAACUAUGUGGGAAAUAUGAUACAACCUGAAGUGGAGAGCCCGAAAAUAUUAGACUGUGAAGUGCCAAAAAAUCUAGAAUUGAGCAUUCAGAGUAAACAUUUUUCAGAUUCAGUAGAUGUUCAUAAAACUAACCAAAGUUCUAAAAGUACUGGGAGUCAGAGAACAGACUUACCGGAAACUCGGAGAUCAGUAAAAAAUGGUAAAGAGAUUGAUAUUGAUGCUAUUGCUAGCAGUAUUGUUGCCAGAGACAGUGCCCCUUCACAAUCAAAAAAGGUUAGUAAAACAAGCAGUAAGAAAGAGCAGUUUGAAAAUAAAAUUGUCUCUGGAAAAGGAAAUGAAAACUUUGUAAAGAUAAACAUAAAGAAAAAGGUAUAUGUUCGAGGAAAGAAGACAAUGAAUUUUGCGAAGUAUAAGAAGAUGGAAUGGAAGAAAAAGAAGAAGGCAAAUGCCAGUAAUAAUGAUUAUAGUGGUUCAUCUCUUUCCACCUGCUUCAAGUGUGGAGACGUUGGUCAUUUUGCCAGGAACUGUAACAAUAGUAAAGGAGACAAGCUUUUGCCAUUAGAUGAUAUUGAUGCUGAUGAUGACAGCCCAUUCCCCACUAUUGAUGAAGCAGCGGCAAUGGCUGAAAAACCAGAGUAUAGUAACAGGAGGAGGACAGACAUUUACAAUUUCACUGAGGAUGGGCAGAUAAGUGAUGGGAAUCCAGCUGGUAAUUUGCCACCUGCUGUUGUAGAAGAGCUAAGCUUAUUUAAUAAUGUAAAUUCGUGUACUGUGCCUCCUUUGUAUGAUUUGAAAGAAGAUGGAACUGUAGUUGAUACGCCAAAGGAAGUUUAUGAAGCCCUAAAACUUUUCGGACAUGACAGUUUUCGUCAUGGUCAAGAGGAAGCAAUAAUGAGGAUACUUUCUGGGAAAUCAACAUUACUAAUGUUGGCAACAGGUUCAGGAAAAAGCUUGUGCUAUCAGUUACCAGCUUAUAUGUUUGCUCAGCGUAGCAAGUGCAUAACAUUAGUUAUCUCUCCACUAGUUUCAUUAAUGGAAGAUCAGGUGAUGAGAAUAUCUUCCUGUUUACAAGCAGCGUGUCUACAUACCAAUCAGACAGAAAAACAAAGGGAAAAGGUCACUGAUAUGGUGAAGUCAGGAAAACUGCAAAUAUUGUUAGUCUCCCCUGAAGCAGUGGCAUCAUGUGUAAAAUCAAAAGGUUUUGGUGGCCUUCUGAAACUUCUACCUCCAAUAGCAUUUGCGUGUAUUGAUGAAGCUCAUUGUGUGUCUCAGUGGUCGCACAAUUUCAGACCAUCUUAUCUUUCAAUAUGUAAGGUGUUACGAGAGAAACUCAAAGUCCGUACUAUCUUGGGACUGACUGCUACUGCAACAAACUCUACGUGUGCUAGUAUAGUUCAGCACUUAGACAUUCCAGAUGGAGAGAAGGGGGUGAUCAAGGACAUUCCUCUUCCCAACAAUCUUGUACUGACAGUUUCUAAAGAUGAGAACAAGGAUGAAGCACUAAUCAAACUUCUCACUAAUACCCAUUUUAAGGAUUGUCAGUCUGCUAUCAUAUACUGCACAAGAAGAGAGGAAUGUGAGAGACUGGCCACCCUCCUCAGGACAUUCUUGCAGGAUCCCACCAAACGUGAAUCAAAUGCGAGGCGAGGCCGUGUUUCUUGGAAUGCUGAGGCCUACCAUGCUGGCCUUACUGCAUUUCGCAGGAAAACUGUUCAGCAAGCUUUCAUGGCAGGAAAACUAAGAAUUGUUGUAGCAACAGUAGCUUUUGGCAUGGGAAUAAAUAAGAGAGACAUUCGUGCUGUCAUUCACUACAAUAUGCCAAAAAGCUUUGAAAGUUACGUGCAAGAAGUUGGUCGUGCUGGACGUGAUGGUCAGCCAGCUUUCUGUCAUCUUUUUCUUGAUAGUAAAGGUGGUGAUAAGCGGGAGCUGCGGCGUCAUAUUCAUGGAGAUUCUGUUGACCGUCACACAAUCAGAAAAUUGUUGCAGAGAGUUUUUAUUCCCUGCAGAUGUGCAAGACUUUCAGAGUUGUUGGAAAAUGUAAACUUUGAAGAUGCCAGUGAUCUUAAAGAUUCAACUCAUGAUUCUGAGACUGAAAUUAGAAACCAUGAAAGCUGUACUGAUCAGGAAGUUCCCAAAACACAGACAGGUGUUAAAUGUCCUGGUCAUGAAGUCGCAUUCUCAGUUGAUGAAACUGUGAGAGCAUUAGACAUACCACAAGAAAAUAUUUCCACUAUGUUAUGUUACCUGGAAUUACAUCCCAAAUCGUGGAUAAAACUCUUGUCACCAGCCUACACAAAAUGCAAAUUGUUAAGUUACAAAGGUGCAAAUGCAUUAAAGGCUGCAAUAAGGAAGAGUCCAGUCCUUGCUAUGGCUGCAGCAUUGGACCAGCGCCGUGGCAUUUCUCAUGCAAACAACAACCGUCUUGAAUUUUCUGUUGUUGAAAUUGCAGCUGCUCUUGACUGGGACAGUGGAAUGGUUAAGAACCACCUGAAGCAACUGGAAUGGACAAAAGUUAAUGAAAAAUGGAGGCGGACUGGUAUGAAUGUGGAAUUCAGUGAAUUGGGUUUCCAUGUCAUUGCUCCUGGUAAUCUGAGUGCAACAGAGCUUGAUGAUGCAUUAGACUCACUGCAUGAAAGAGUUGAUAGCCAGGAGAAGACAGCACUCAAGCAGCUAGAAGCAAUUUUUGAUGCUCUUAGCAGUGUGGCAUACCCAAGUUACAGUCACAUGUCAGAUGAUACAGACCUUGAAAAUAGUAAUAAAUUGAAGGAAAUUAUAAGGCGUUACUUUACAGAAGAAUUGCAAAUUCCCAGCAGUGGAGUUACAUCUGAGGAGAUACCAGUAAUUGAAGAUCAAAUCUGUGCUGAUACUCGCCAUCUUGUAUGUAGCUACAAAGACACCACAUUCACAGGCCGCUCUGUAGCUCGAAUCUUCCACGGAAUUGCAAGUCCAUGCUUUCCUGCAAACAUCUGGGGACGCUGCAAGUUCUGGCGUGCACAUUUGGAUGUUGACUUUCACUUACUGUGUAAACUUGCUACAAGAGAAAUAUUACGUUUGCGGUAGAUGCUUGUCAGAUGGAAAGUUGUAUGUAUUGUGGGAUGUUCUGUUUUUGCGUGUUUUAAUUAAAAUAUGACUCGGGAUAUUAUCCAGAGGUGACAUUAUGUGAACUUGAACAUAAACAGAGAGCUUCAGCAUGGUGUAUUGGAAUUACUGUUCCGGUCUGUUUUUCACAGAUACCUGUAAGUUAAAUACCUAUUUAAAUUUUGUAUUGUGACAUUACAGUUAUCAGUAUCAAGUGAUAAUUUUUUAUUUAGUACUGGGCAUAUGGUAUAGUUAGUUAUUAUCUGAUAAAGGCACCAGUAAUCUUGGAUGUAACAGAAAUUGAUCUUGUGCAUUUGACAAGUUAUAGCAGUGUCCACACCUGCAAUGCUCUUUUUUCAUUAUUUCACAGUGCAAGUGCAGAAAAUGCCUCCAUAGCCUUCUGCUGGUGUUAAUGAUGUCCAUUAGAAAGGAAGUUCAAAAGAAAUUUGACUGAAAGGUGAUAAUAUUUUGUGACUACUUUUGCUGCUGUUUAUGUGAUGACGAAAGUAUGUAAUGGUUACUGGAAUGUACUCACCUUGAUGAAAAAGAGACUCAAAGCACUGUAAUGUCACACAGAUAUUAUCAUCCGCUGUGACAGAAUCGGUGGAAAAUAACUCCAUAGUCUUAGCUGAUUAUGAUAUGAUAUUUCCGUAGAGCACAUGGAGAAUUUGCGGGGAAUAAUGAGGGUUUUAUUUGUGUUCUUCUAGUUACUUUGCAGAAUUUUAUAGUUAAUGUAAAUCCGACAAUGCUGACUUUCUGACCAAAAUGUCAGUUGGUUCAUUUGGACAAUAAUUGACUCCAAAGUAACAGUUUGCACUCAUAUUGAAAGCUUAUUAAAUACUCAGAUCACAUUUUACCUAUGUUUAUAGCAUGUGAGCAGUUUUUACCACAAUAUUUGUUUCUAGUGAACUCGUACAAUGUGGUUUUCAUUAGUGCAAAUGGUAUGUUAUUAAUGUUGUUUAGUUUUGAUGGGGUAAAGAAAAGCAACUACUUGGCACCAUCAUUACAAUGAGAUUCACUGUGUAUCCAGUGGUGUAGGAAAUGUCUGCAUAAUUUAUUGUUGAGUUGUAAAUAGGGCUGUUGUGUUCAUAUUUUUACUGGGUGUGAAUGUAAUGUAUGUCAGAUGGCUGAGCAUUUCACGAGUAGUUUUCACCUCUGACACUGCCUGGAUGAAAAGAAUCAUUGCCUUCUUAUACCUGAUCUGUACAUUAUUUUAAUAUUGUCUUUUAAACUCAUACAUACUAGUAGAUAUAAUUUAGGGGUAAAAAAAAAAUGAUAGUACUGCAUUUAGUGCAGGAUGACACAAUUGGAAGAACUAGUACCUUUUUGUACUGUUACAUUGAAAUUUAUUACCAUCUCCAGAAAACCAUAUAGAAAAGUCAGAAAACCUUUUUUCUCUGUUCUUGUGUGUUCUGAUACAGUAGUUCUAGAAAGGAGAAUCAGUUUAGGCAAAAUUGGAAGUAUCACGUGCAAACUGAAGCUUCUUUAUGCUUUUAUAGUGACAAGUGUGAUGCUACUGAAUUAUGAGAAAAGAAGUUAGUAAUUGUUUGCAAGUUUAAACUGCACUGUUUAAGGUUUUCGCAAACUCAGGGAGCUGAAAUUUAUAUGUAUAUAUUUUUCACUCACAUUGUACUUUGUAAAAUCUUACUGUCAGACAUAAGGUAUGGUUUCCUGGAGAUAUCACAUUUUGUUCAAGGACAAAUCAUGCUAUACAUUUCUGUAUACAUAAUUUCAUUGACUGCAUACCACUGUAAGGCAAAUAAAUAUGAAUAAAUGGUAUUUACAAACUAAUAAAUACAGAGGAUUUAUUAAGCCAU